AAAAGAUAGGUGGACUCCUGUGCCUGGAGGAACAAGGGAGACUAAAACACUACGAAGAAAAGUCUAGAGGUCACGAGGGCCUUGUGUCUGCAGAAUACACUGUAACAAGGUCAACAGCCCUGAGCAAAAUUAUUCAGCACAGAUGGUUCAAAAGGAAAAGACCUUCUAAGUCACUGAUCUCAUCUGUAAAGAAGAUGCUCCCCUAAAAAGCUCCCUGAAUUAUAAGUGACAUGCUGGCAAAACUGAACAACUGAUCAUCAGAUUCUGGCAUAGUGUUAAACAUGGCUUCUGAGGCUGCUCAAAAUUUCCUUCAGCCGCUGUCGUCUUGGAUGUCCCAAAUAUAUGAAGCUAUCCAACAAGCAGGAGACUCUAUAUCUGCGUCACUGCUGAACUUGAGUGGAGCAGGUCGUAAGUCAGAGGAAGAGAGAAACCGGGACUUGGAGGAUAACGGCGGCGUUUAUGAGGAUUAUUCUGAGGAAUCAGAAGAUGAAAGACACCUGGACCUGUGGGACGAGGAAUACUUGCAUCCUAGAGUAGACGAUCACGUUCCACUAACAGGUCCUGGUCUUGUUCCGCAAGCCCUCCCUUGUGGCUCUGAUGUGGCUCUGCAGAGGCAAAAACGGGUUAAAAAUGCUACCAGCUUACCAAAGCAGUGUGCUGAAAGCCCCAGGUCUUUGGCAGCCAAUGGAUCAUACUGGACUAAUGAAGAUCUCCAGCCACUUGAUCGACUUCCUACCAUUGCUGAGGAAGGUGGUGAGCCCUGCAUGAGGAUGAGAGACUGUGAGCAUGACAUCAGCAUGAGUGGCUCCUUAAAAAGUAAUAAUGGCAAGGCAAGCUUAGCAGUAAACAGUUAUGGGGAGGACGAAGAAUUGACAACAUCUUCAGACAGCGACGAUGAGGUGAUUAAGCAGUUUGAGAUCUCUGUGUCACGCUCACAAAGUUUUCGAUCGGGAGUACCUGAAGGAGCAACACAAGGGGGCUUGGAACAUAGGCCCAAAUUCAGCCGCUUGCUCUCCAGCCAAGAGGAGUACAGUACAGAGGCAUCUGAAUGUGAAGAUCUGGAUGGACUAAGCCAACUGAGUUACCAAGACAACCUAUCAUAUCGCAAAGAUGACCAUGCAUCUGUUGAUUCAAGAACAGCAACCGAGAGUAGGGGUUCUGGGCAGCGUAGAGGACUUAGGAUGGAGUCCAGCAUUGCUGAUAACGUUAGCCGGCAAGCUGUGGAAGCAUGCUUGGAAAUGGAGACAGCAUUUACCAACCAGGGAUUUGAAGGAAAUGAUGCUACUGACAGCUCAUCAGCUUGGAGCCCUGAGGAACAUGAUGAAAUGAACAGCGUACCGGUUCGUCGCAGUGCUCGUGAGCCCAUCUGUAAAUGUGGUGAUUUAGAUGUCAUCUUCAAUUACAAGGCCUCAAAUCAAAAGCUGAUAGUUACUAUCCUGGAGGCCAGGGAUAUCCCAGACAAAGACCGCAGUGGUGUGAACACUUGGCAAGUGCACACAGUCCUGAUGCCCAGCAAGAAACAGAGGGGAAAGACAAGUGUUCAGAGAGGACCCAUCCCCAUGUUCAAGGAUAAAAUUACCUUUAGUAAGCUGGAGCCAGAGGACUUAAGCAGCCAUGCCAUCCGUUUCCGUCUCUACGCGGUGCACAAGAUGAUUGGAGAGAAGAUGAUGGGAGAGCAGUUGUUCUACCUGCGCAACAUCAGCCAGGAAGGGGAAGUGAAGAUAACAUUGGUCUUGGAACCAAGGAGUAAUCUGAGCAGUGGAGACUCUCAGCUUAGUCUGUCAGCAAUCUCUCACAGUGAUAGCGCUUCCUCAACACAGUCCUUGUCGCAUGGAGGGAUGCCAGAGCUGCUUGUGGGAUUGUCGUACAAUGCCACUACAGGGCGGCUGUCAGUGGAGAUGAUCAAAGGCAGCCAUUUCCGAAACCUUGCAAUUAAUAGGCCACCUGACACCUAUGGAAAGCUCUGUCUGCUCAACUCAGUGGGCCAGGAGAUGUCUCGUUGCAAGACCUCCAUCCGUCGAGGACAGCCCAACCCUGUAUACAAGGAAACUUUCAUAUUCCAGGUUGCCCUGUUCCAGCUGUCCGAUGUCACGCUCAUGAUUUCCAUAUACAACAGACGCAGCAUGAAACGCAAAGAGAUGAUUGGCUGGAUUUCUAUGGGUCAGAACAGCAGCGGGGAAGAAGAACAAAAUCAUUGGCAGGAAAUGAAGGAAACGAAGGGGAUGCAGGUCUGCAGGUGGCAUACGCUGCUGGAAUCCUAAUAGUUACGAGGGUACCCCACGGGUCCUGGGACUGUGGGCUGCUCUUCCCUCCUUCUCAGGCAGCUGGAAACAGUUACCCCGUGGCAAGGGCUGAGCUCCGACAGGUCAUGUAUGCUUUAACAUGACUUUUCAGCCUCAGCUGUCGUGGUUAGAGGUGGUGAUGCCUGGGAGGCAUGUUUAGUUCUUGUUUUUCCUGCAUUUACCACAUCCAAAUAACUAACCAUUGGGAAAAGCAAUGGAAAAAUAUACAAAAUCCUCUCUCUGGUCAUUGUCUCGCUUGUUUUGUCAUAGGCUCAGUCAUCACAGACUGAUUUUGAUGCGGUUUUCUUCUGAAGUAAAUUCUCUUCCCUCUUUGCUCAUAUUCACGUUAAUGAUGAUUGCAAAUAUUCUUGAUGCACAGAUAGCUUAUUAGUCUAGCCUGUAUGCAGCUUACACUUCCUCUCCUUUACUAUUGUGUUUCUAAGUCCUAGAAAUAAACGUUUGAUACCACUGCAGACUGGAUGAUAUAUUUUUCGGGCAGCAUGGGAAAGCACUACAGAAUUCUCUGUCAACUUUUAAGUGCCUAGACAUAACUGUUGUUCUCCUAUAGUAGCAACUAAUAUUAUUCAUUAGGACUAAACACUACAAGUAUUUUUAAUUAGGUAUGCUGUGCACUUGUUAGUCUGUAUUGCCAUAGGUUUGCAUGAGAGAUAGCUAGCAUCAGUUUUGUAUUGUGGUUAUAUAAUGCAUGUUUAGUUGCCGCCUUGAAGUUUGUGGCUUCUGUCACCAUGAGUACCAAAAAAAAAGAAAAAAGAAAAAAAAAAAAAGAGAGAGCAGAACAAGCUGCAUAUCCACCUUUGUGCCUAAAUCACUCUUUUCUGCAUCAUUGUCCUGACCAUGCGAUAUCUUGUUUAGUAAAAGUUAAGUUCAUUGGGAGAAGCAUUUCUGCGAGUAUGACGCAGAGAGGUUUUAAAUAUUGUUUCUCAGUGAUUCAGUUAAGCACAACUCAGUUUGCCUAGGGCUUUUCUUCAAAUGUCCUAUCCUGUAAAAAUCUUCUGGGGAUCUGAAAAGGGAGUAUUUUUGGCACUGCGCACAAAAUAGGGCCACAAUGUGUCACCAUAGUUUUGGGGAAAGCUCUGCUACAGGCAAGAAGUAGGAUCCAGGGGACCAUCUCCUAGAGGGGCUGGCUCAAUUGGGCUAGCAUGAGAGAAGAAUAGUCCUCUUCCUGCCUUUAGCUGGACACAGGGCAAGGAGCAGGCUUGCUGGAUGAGGUGAUGACAUAUUUAUAUAGUUACUUUUCAGACUAUGUUGCCUUUUUCCAUUUUAAUCUUUUUUCCUGCCUGUGUGAGCUGAAGUCAUGGAGUCAAGAGACGGGGAGAAGUCUGCUGCUUGACUGUUGAAAGUUUAGCAGUUGUUAGCUGUUGUGAAGCUGCACGUGACAGCAGAGGACAUGAAUCCUCUAGUGCAGUGAUUGUAUGUAGGCAGUAAGGUGCCAAGAGCUUCAAAUACUGUUAGUUGCCCAGUUUCCCGUUCCCCAUGUUCUCUAGGAGUAGACUGGCAUUUCUUCAUGCCAGUGAUACUGAGGCACAAGAAAUAUCUUGCUGAAAAACUCACUCAAUACUGGACUAUUUCUUGGGUUUUUUUGUUGUUGUCAACUGAAACCAAUUCUACUUCUCACUGUACCACAACAGCCUCGUUCCCUUCUACAGUGCUGUGCAAACCUAACUAAUGCAAAUUUUAGCCCUGGAUGUUUGACCAGAAAUAAGCCUCAGCGCUGGUUCGCAUUGCACCAAAGCGAGCCAGCGCCUGGUGGGCAGCAGGGACAACGUGGUGUGAUGCACAGGCUGUGUCUGUCUUCAAACAGGGCAGUCCAGCAAGUGAGAACUGUCUGCAUGUAGAAAGACCCGUGGAACGGGUGAGAUGAACUGUCCUAAAGAUCAUGGUUUUAUAUAUUCUUUUCACUAACCUGUCUGAAUCCAGCAUCUUUUAUUGCAAUGAGACUGGUGGCAUCCUAUGCAAAAGGGUUGUCCUCCACUGCCUGAAUAAGCUGGCAAAAUACCUGCUUUGCACUACUGGAGCUUUGCACUACAAAGCAGGAUCCAACCCAAAUAUAAUUGAGCGAACAAAUACAUUUCUGACUGCACUGUUAAAGCUGCUGAAUUAUCAACAGGAGAGAAAAUGAGCACUUAGGGCACAACUAGCAGAAGAGGUCCAUUUAUGUAUUUCUUUAUCCUGUACUUUUCUUCUGGGGGGGGUGGGAACACAGGAAAUUACCACAUUAAAAAGGUUCGUUUGUGGAUUUCAGUUGUGUUUUUGAAUCUCUGCAUCCUUUUUCCUCAAACCUCACAGAAUGUAUGAACAAGUAUAUAAGAUGUCUAUGUAUAAUAAACUAACUGAGAUUCUCUUCAUAA